CCCCUUGCCCCUUCCUUCCCCGCCCUGUCCCCCUCCCCGCCCCCCGGCGACGGAGGGCGGGGGCAGCCGGGUUCCCGUCCCGCCGCCAGGAUCUGUCCCUUCUCUCCGGGACCCGCCGGUGACGUUUCGCACACGUGCGCGGAGGACGCGCCUGUGACUGGGGAGGAGGUGGCGGCGGGAGGGGGCGCUGGAGGGGGAGAGGGGGCACCCACUUCCUCCUGCUCGCCGGCUCCCAGGCCUGGGACGGUCCCGGCGCCCUCGCACCCAGCACCGCCACCCUCCCUCUCCCGUCCCCACCCCCCCCACGGCGCCCGCCCUCGCCCGGCGCCGCCGCUCCGCUCGGCCUCGGGCCCCCUCUCCAGCCGGCCCCCCACCUCCCCCGGAGCCAGGCUGCUUUCGGAAAUGCCCUUACAGCAGCAGGCAAAGCGAAGGCUGGAGCUGGGUGAGAGUGGCCAUCAGUACCUCUCAGAUGGUCUGAAAACUCCCAAGGGCAAAGGAAGAGCCGCACUGCGGAGUCCUGAUAGUCCCAAAACUCCAAAAUCUCCCUCAGAAAAAACGCGGUAUGAUACGUCACUCGGUCUGCUCACCAAGAAGUUCAUUCAGCUCCUGAGCCAGUCGCCUGAUGGGGUCCUGGAUCUGAACAAGGCAGCAGAGGUGCUCAAAGUGCAGAAGAGGAGGAUUUACGACAUCACCAACGUGCUGGAAGGCAUCCACCUCAUUAAGAAGAAGUCGAAGAACAACGUCCAGUGGAUGGGCUGCAGUCUGUCUGAGGAUGGGGGCAUGCUGGCCCAGUGUCAAGGCCUGUCCAAAGAAGUGACCGAGCUCAGUCAGGAAGAGAAGAAAUUAGAUGAACUGAUCCAAAGCUGCACCCUGGACCUCAAACUGCUGACCGAGGAUUCAGAGAAUCAAAGGUUAGCUUAUGUUACAUAUCAAGAUAUUCGAAAAAUUAGUGGCCUUAAAGACCAAACUGUUAUAGUUGUGAAAGCCCCUCCAGAAACAAGACUUGAAGUGCCUGACUCAAUAGAGAGCCUACAAAUACAUUUGGCAAGUACCCAAGGGCCCAUUGAGGUUUACUUGUGUCCAGAAGAAACAGAAACGCACAGACCCAUGAAAACAAACAACCAAGACCACAAUGGGAAUAUCCCUAAGCCCACUUCCAAAGACUUGGCUGCUAACAACUCAGGACAUAGCGACUGCUCCGUUUCCACAGCAAACCUCUCUCCUCUGACCUCCCCAGCCAACCUUUUACAGCAGACUGAGGACCAAAUCCCUUCCAACCUCGAAGGACCCUUUGUGAACUUACUGCCUCCCCUGCUCCAAGAGGACUACCUGCUGAGCCUAGGGGAGGAAGAGGGCAUCAGUGAUCUCUUUGAUGCGUAUGAUUUGGAAAAGCUGCCCCUCGUGGAGGACUUCAUGUGUAGUUGAUUGGGCUUUGUACAAACUGUCCUUACAAACCAAUAUUUUUUUAUCACGGAAUCAGAACGUGUAUCGCAGUGUUGUCCCCUCCUACCUUCUUCCUCCAAGAGUAUCAUGAAGUAAACUUCAGAACAAAGCUGACAUUUUGAUGAAUUAUUAUUAUUUUUUUUUUUUCCCUAAACGCACAGUUGCAGGCUCCCUUGGGAAAGCCCUGCCUGGUCCCAGGCUCCAAAAUCUUCCUGAUGAGUCAGCAAGUGAGAAGAUGUGCAAUCAGGUGUCUCUCACCUGCCCUUUUCUCCCCUCCUUCCUCUCCUUCCCUUGCGGACUGGCUUGCUGUGCCUAACGGAUGGGCUGUUGAAUGGGCCUGGCCACCCAGCCCGCUGGCAGACAGCAUUCUCCCUUUGACAGCAUUUCAAGCCGUGCCUUCUCUGCAGAAUGCAUGUCUUUGUGAGUCUGCUAACCUGGAAUGGAAUUCUGCCACAAAUGCAAGCUUGAAGUCAUGCAAAGGAAUGACUCGGAUUUCUUCAGCUCUUAGGAAUAUUUAAAUUACUCUCAUAAUUCAAUGUAAGCUAUGGGCCGCGUGUCCCACUCGGAGGUUGCAAGAGCCUCCACAGCCUUUUGGAUGAAGAACUUGUUUGUGAGUGCUCAUUGCAGAGACAGAGACUAGGAGAGUUCUGCUGCUCCACGCUGUUGUGGAUUUUCCUGUCUCCAUACCCCACCCGCUUCCACUCCCCCCCAUCCUGCGUGUUUGUGAGUUUCCGGUUGAUUACUUGCAACUUAGGAGUUCCUUGUGGGUUGUUUUUAGAAUUUUUAUUUUUCUAGCUGCCAUUGAAGCAUUCCUGUGGCCCCCAUCAACCAUUUCAAUUGAAGUGUUUACCUUAAAGCGGUUUUUUGCAAAUUCCUUUUCCUUUAGCAGAGGGAGAGAACCUCUCCUGGUCAAAGCAUCUAAACCUGUGCGACCUAAGGUCCACCAGCCUCUGCGAGGAGCAUCCUCUGUCUUGCUUCCUUUCCCAGAAAGGAAGCUUGGAACAAGAACAGCUCUCGAGCUCACUGACUCGAGUGGCCCCCAGUGAGGACCUCGGGCCAGAUGAUAGAGCUGUCCCAUGGAGCAGCAGGCAUGGAUCCCUCCAUCCUUGGGCUUCCCGGGCCCCUGCGACCGGGAAAGGGCUCUAAUGCCACACUCAGGGAGACCACUUCUCAGGGUGGGGUCAGGUGGAGAGGCCCUAGGGAGAAAGGCAUCCCGUUGUGUAAGUGGCAUUCUAUCAGGGACACUUCCUGAAGUUGGGACGAGGAGCUCCCACUGUGUCAGGGGGUAGACUAGUUCUGUCCAGAACCCAUCACCCUUCCUACGGUGAGUGGGUGAGCUGGGCAAAGGGAAAAUGGGAGAUAGGAAACGCAGUGAUAGAAUGCCAGGGCGUCUCCCUCAUUACGCCUCAGGAAUGGUGUCCCAAACUGGAGGCUCUGUGUCAGCUAUGAUCCUUCCAGUUACUUCCAAGAAUAACGUUCCCACUGGCAGGUGGCAAUGGCCAUCACGUCCUGGUGUUGACUAUGGCAUAGUACCUCAAAUCCAUUCCUUGGAUGCUAAGGGCUGCGGAAAUGAGUUAGUCAUAAAAACUAACCUCCAGCUGAACGGUUUGAAACACUAUGUGCCUGACCCACCAGGGAGGCACGUAGUAGGCACUCGACUCAUAUACACGUAACCGUGUUGAAAAUAUCCCUUGGGAAAACAUUUUACUAAACCACAAGAACCCUGGCCAGUUUACUCUAGAUAGAUUUCCACAAUAUGCAAAGCGGUGGUGGGGGUGGAGACAGAAGACACCGGCACUUUAAACUCUGUGUGUGGGUAUGCGUGGUGUAUGUUUGGGAAGAAAAAUCAAAGGUGCAGACUAUCUUCCUCUCUCUUCUUCAGCCUCAGCCCCGGCCUCCUCCCCUCACACACUCUGGACUUGGUACAGAAUAAUCCGUGUGGUCCGAGCUGAAGCACUGGGGUGGAGGAGGGAGGGGGAGCUUCGUGUUAAGUGCCUACUGGAAAUGCACUGUGGGGUUUUUUCCUGUAUGGGAAACCAUUUAUGCCAAGCUUUCCCCCAUGUCCUCUAUUUAUCUCAUCUGGUUAGCUGCCUCUGCUUCUGGCUUUGUGUAAUUCUCUUUGCCAGCUGCAUCGAGCUGGGUUUCUUUCCCCCGAAGUCUAAUGACUAAACUCACCUGGCUCCAGGUUGUUGUAUGUUUGGUUGACUUUGCUUUGUUGAAACUAUUCGUAUUGUGAUACCAUAUUUAUUGUUUUAAGAAAGGAAAGGAAUACUAAUGAGUCUUCAAGGGUUCUUUCAUGCAUAAUAAGACUUUUCCAGUUAAUGGGCUUAAUUGGUGUACGUCGAGGAGAGACGUCCAUAUUAUGUUCUGUUUGCAUUUAGGUCUUUUCUUUGCUCUUAAUAUCUGGCACACAAAGUAGAUGAGUACUACAGUAUUUGUGUUCCUUUAAGUCCUGAGAGUGCAGGUUCCCUGGUACCAUUAAGUUGCUGCUACUUAAAGCUCACAUGCGGAUGGCUGAACGUUCCAAGUGUGCGAAUGGUGAUGGCGUGAGCCUCAGAGGAUUAAACUGUAUAAAGGGCAACACAUGAGCUGUCAAACAGUGUUAGGCGUGUGUUUGUGUACAUAGCAGUUUUAUUUAAGUCGAUACAGUCCGCUCACAUUGCCAUUGUUUUCCAGUUUUUGUACAGAGAUAGCGAUUCAUUUGUAAACACUGCCAGAAUAUUUUCUAGCUGGUUUGUAAUUUUUUAAGACUGUUGCCUUGGGUUUUGUUUUUUGUUGUUUGUUGUUGUUGUUGUUGUUGCUCCUGUGACUCUUGUUUGCCUUUUGGGUUGUACGUGUAGCUCUGUCUGUAAAUAGAACCGCAGUAUUUAAAGCUUUAGCUUUCAGGAAAAACGAAGUAAGAAUCCAAGUGUGUGCAUGACACGUUGUGCGUCUGAGAAGGGAUCUGGAGGAAGAUGCCUUGUGGAGGAAGUUGGGUGGCAGUUGGCAGGGUGUGGGAUGUCUUUCCUACGGGGUACAUGCUUUUUGUAAAAAAGGAAGUGUUUCUCCCAACGUUGGGAGUGCGCAAACUACUAAUCAGUUUAGCUUUGUGUUGUAUGCUAGUUACAAAAAUAAAUAAUGUAAUAUAAUGUAAAAAUAGACAAACAAACAAAAAAAAAGCUUUUAUGAUGGAUUUUGUAAAUAGAUUUGUUACAGGGUGACCUGUUCUAGCUGUGAUCUUACCACUUCAAAUGGAUGUAAUUUGAAUAAAUUUUGUAUGGUAAAGGGUCAAUAAAAUGAUUUUUU